GGCCCCGCUGUUCCUGGCCGGUAGCUCUGGCUCCGCUCUCCUUCCUCACCAGGUUGGGGGAGCUCGGCCUGCUCUGCCCGCCACAGAGGGAUAAACACCUUGGACUUCUGCUUUGCGGGAUGUAGUCGCCAAGGUGACUCCUUGCGGUAAAAGGAAUGUAGCCUUGGCCAAUCGAGCUGCCCCGCCAGGGCCUCCUCCGGAGCAGAGGGCUUGGCCGUGAGGAAGCACCCAGGAUUGGUGUGAAGCCUCCUUCCUGGGCGCCAGAGUUGGGAGCGUCUGUGAUGCCCUUCUCCAUCAUCAGAACUCUGGGACUGUGCCUGCAGCCCGGACCCAGGACUCGGGCAGUGCGUGGGUCUCCGCUGCCAGGUCACCGGUGAAGAGUCCUCUCCAGGGAGACCGGCCGGACGGGGAGGAACGGGUUGGGAGUAGCAUGGCUUAGGCCUAGGGAGAGAGCUGGUGGCCGCCCCAGACCACAGGAUCUUCCGACAAGCCGAGAGUCACCGGGUACUGGAAAAGGCCUCGGCUGCAGCUUAAAGCUGGGAGAAGCAAGCCUGGCCCAGGUAAGCGGAGGAAACGGCAGUGCAAAGCCAAUCAAGACCAAGAAGGGUCCCAAGGGACACUCGGGCAAAGGCACCCUAUGCCCGAUGCCCCCAGCUCCUUGCACUGGGCCUGGAAACUCACAGGGGCUUCGCCUCCCCUCAACCUGCCUUGGCUCUGCCUGGCAGCCUUGUCCUUCACCAUCAAAUAUUGCGGGUGUUAUCAUAAUACCCUGAAGGGGGGGAAAACCGGGUCGGGGGAUGUAGGCGGUGCUGAAAUGACCGGCUUUGAAGAACCUGCAGGCAAAGUUUCGUCCAAUCGUCUGAGCCUGUCCUCUUAUUCCCGGUUGUAACUAAAUACUGCUGCGAGCGUAGCCGAAGCCCUUUGUUGGAGAUGUGUGAGCGCAGUCUUUACAGAGCGGGCUAUGUGGGCUCGCUUCUGAAUCUGCAGUCUCCCGACUCCUUCUACUUCUCCAACCUGCGGCCGAAUGGAGGCCAGUUGGCCGCGCUUCCCCCCAUUUCAUACCCGCGCGGCGCGCUGCCCUGGGCCACCACGCCCGCCUCCUGCGCCCCGGCGCAGCCUGCCGGUGCCACCGCCUUCGGCAGCUUCUCGCAGCCCUACCUGGCUGGCUCCGGGCCUCUUGGCCUGCAGCCCCUGGGCGCCAAGGACCGACCCGACGAGCAGGCCAAGUUCUAUACGCCCGACGCGGUCUCCGGGCCUGAGAGCGUUGGCCGAAGCGCGGCCACCCUUGCCCCGGAGUCUAGCCUGGCCCCCGGCAGGCGCUGAUCUCAAAUUGUCCAAAGUACGACUACGGCGGGUGUGGGCCGCGCCGCGCCCGGCUCUGCGGCCCCUGCUUGAGGGGACCCCUGCGCGCCCGCUUCAAGGACGACGCCAAGGGCCCCGCUCAACUUGAACAUGACAGUGCAGGCAGCGGGCGUCGCAUCUUGCCUGCGACCUUCGCUGCCCGACGGCCUGCCGUGGGGGGCGGCCCCUGGGAGGGCCCGCAAGAAGCGGAAACCCUACACCAAGCAGCAGAUUGCAGAGCUGGAGAACGAAUUCCUCCUGAACGAAUUCAUCAACCGGCAGAAGCGCAAGGAAUUGUCCAACAGGCUGAACCUCAGCGACCAGCAGGUCAAAAUCUGGUUCCAGAAUCGUCGUAUGAAGAAGAAGCGCGUGGUGCUGCGCGAGCAGGCGCUGGCGCUGUACUAGCCCGGGGCCUGGCCAUGGCCGGGCCUUCCUUUUUGAGCCGGAGCCUGGCGUGGAGGACGAGCUGAGACGGGGUCUUUUCCAUCUGCUCCUUCUCAGUUGGUCCUAGGUACCCUCUGCUCGUCUGCAGCCCCCAAAGCCAGCAGGAGAUUUGGAGACCUGGUCAGAUUUGGAGACCUCCAGGCUUUCCCCUUUCCCGGAGGGGCUGUGGAAGUUGCGGCACAACCUUGGCCUUGAGGCUUCCCCAGUGGGGGCCUAGGCGCACCUGUCUUAGCAUUUAAACCUGGGCUCACUCCAGCUCCCUUUUACUUGGAUUUCGGCUUUCACAUAGUUAGUCUCCUUCCCCUCCUCCCCAAUUCCUUCUACAUUUAGCAGGCAAUUGAAUUCAGGAAGGCCUCCAGGGCAGAAUGGAAAGGGUUGUGGGCACAAUUGUGUCUCUUUGCAGCCAAAGCCCCUUGUGGAAAAGCCGGAAUCCUGAUUUUGGAGAAAGGAGAGGGUGCCACCACCACUCCCUGCUCUCUGCCCUGGAUGGUUUGGGAGGACUAAAGUGCCCUAGAUCUCCAGACUUCGGGAGGAAAGGGGAAGGAGUGUGGCCCUACAAACUCAGAAACACCUCGGAGUUCAGGCUGGAAUGGCUCCUCCAGCUUGGUGGAAUGGACUGGAUACUUCCUUCCCAUGAAUGGGGCAAGGGAGGCCAGGCUCCAUGGCAAACUGCACUUCAUAGCCAAGACUGGUAAAAUUCCCCUACUUCUCUCACCUCCUCACACACGCCUAGGCCAAAGCCCUGCGCUCUGUAACUGGACCCCCAGAGGUGAGCUCUGAUGAGGAGCUGCUAGGCUGCUUUGGGGCUGGGCUGCAUUAAAAGGAGGGAGAAAUGUCCAGGGGCAGGAGAAUGGAGUGAGCAAGGGGGAGGGGGUGUCCUACAUUCCGAAUAUAAAUAUGACUUUCCUGUCAAGGUGGGUAAAGGUGUCAACAUGUCUUUCUUCCUUAAAUUAUAGUAACGGGCCACUGCAAGGAGAAGUGAAGGCUCCUCCAUCGAUCAGUCAGGAGGCAGACAAGGAAGGAGUUCCCUCAGAUCCUGGGCCCCUCACAGCUGCUCUUGACCAAGUAGAGAGGAGUAGAAGUUCCCCUCUUCCUCUCCACCCCCCUCCAAGUCCAGGAGGGGCCCAAACACUGUGCCCUUUCUGAGGCCAUCGCUGGCCUGCCCCCGUGGAGUCUGAAAGGCCCUGGGCUUUGCUAGGCUUACUUUGUGGAGGCUGGGGUUCCAGGAUGCCAAAAGGAGUCGUUCCACAUGUGCCGGGGUAUCCUGCCUUAACCUCAUUGAACCCGAGGGCCCCCUAAACUCCUUUUUACCAUCCCUGCUUCUUUUCCCUCUCCUUCUGUGAAUUAGCGCCCCCAACUCCUAGCAAGAUGCAUAACAGCCUAAGAGCUUGGAAAUUCCUUCCCUAAGUCCAAUGAUUUAUUUUCAGUGGAGGACCAGGCCCUAGAUCUAGAGUGGGCACCUCACAAGGAGCCCCUGAGCCUCUGCCAAACUGACUUUAGUUGAUAUUUAGACUAAUUGCAUUUUCUUUGCUAUCUAAUAGUUGUCAUGCAUGUUUUGUUUUGUUUUGAUUUUGUCAAAAACAAUAGCUUGUAUAUAUCAGACACAUAGAAAUGUUUUGAGUGGAAAUAAAUA